AUGCAAACAAAUUCAAGAUCUAAUCCAAACAUAAAACCAGUAUUUAGAUUGAAACAAUUUUUGAAUACUAUUGUUACACCUGAGUUUGGCAAAGAUAAUACAAAUAGAAUAAAGAAUUCAAUUGAAAGUUCAAGAUUUGCAUCAUAUCAUAAUAUCAGUAAUUCUGUUCGUAAGAAUAUCAUCAUAAAUCAAUAAUAUGUGUUACCCAGCAUCACUAAUCGAAAGUCUCUCAUCAUUGAACCUAAUCAAACUCCUACUAUUCUAAUUGAUCAUCUACAUUUGGAGUAAAACAUGAAAAAUAAUACUAAACAAAUUAAGAAACAUUUUAGAUAAUUAAAGAAUCUUAGUAUUGCUCAGAAUUCCAAUGAUAAUUUAAAUUCAACCAAUGAAGAAUUAUUAUUACUUUAAUCUAAUAAAAAUAGCCCAAAAAAAUACAAAACCUCUAAUAAAUAGGAUUAGCAAAAGUCAAGAAAGUAAAAAUUAAUUGACUUUUUGAAAGGUGAAAAUUAAGGCUUAUAAUUUACAUAAUUAUUACAAAAAAAAUAAUCAAAAUAGUAAACUCUAUUUCCUUCUUUCACAAUUAAAAAAUAUCAAGAACUCUAAUUUUGA